AUGGCACCUCAUGGAGAUUCAUUACCUAGCUCAUUCUCUAGAACCAACAACAAAGUAUGCUCCAAACCACCAAAACCUAACUCAUCCGAUCACAACAACAACAACAACAUUCAAAGAACAAUCUCAGACAUAUCAUUCGCGUUAUCAAAAGAAGACUUUGAUUUAUCACUUCCACCAAUAACCGAAGUCGAAGAUGCAAAGUGUGAGUGCUGUGGCAUGUCGGAAGAGUGUACACCUGAGUACAUAAAAUGCAUACGCGACAAAUACUUAGGAAAAUGGGUUUGUGGUUUGUGUUCUGAGGCAGUGAAAGAAGAGUUGGAGAAAAAUGGAGGGAACAAAGAUGAAGCUUUGAGUGAACACAUGAAUGCAUGUGUUAGGUUUAACAAAUUUGGAAGGACUUUUCCUGUUUUGUUUCAAGCUGAAGCUAUGAAAGAGAUGCUGAAAAAAAGUAAAAUGGAAGGUAGAAGGGCUAAGUCAUUCAACCCUAGAGAAAAAGGUGGGGGUGGUGAAAAGAAAGGUGGACUUGCUAGAAGUUCAAGCUGCAUUCCUGCUAUCACAAGAGAUAUCAAUGAUUUCAAAAUUUCAAGUUAA